UUUAGGCAGAUUUGUCACAAAUCGAAGAAGAAAGCAGCUUGAAAAACAGAAGUUGAUAAAUUCAAGAAAUGUUAAAAGAAAAGAGAAUGUCUGUGUUUUUGAAAGUAGUGCAGAUUCAAUAGAGGACUUCAUUAAACCUCGUGCCCCUCAUCAGCGUGUUGCCAAGAGGAAGCCAAUCUGUAAAGAGCAAUUGUUUUUGGAAGAGACAGGCUCAGACCUUAGCAGGGCUAGAAUUGUUUUAAGAGAGCAAUCCUUAAACAUGACAGGUGACAGGGUUCUGAGAAGUUGCUACAGAAAGCCCUUAUUAUCAAGCACCCCUUCUCUGGUGCCUAAGCCUAGUUUUAGGCGUUAUGAGCCUUCUGUCAGUGAAAUAUCCUUUAGCAAUGAUGAAGGAGAGGAUGCCUUCAAGUCCAGCAUGGAGUCAGACAGAAGCAUGAUUUUCCCCAACUCAUGUGAAUUAAGAGGUUUGGUGGGAAACCACCUGAAAUUACAGAAAGGGAUCUCAUUCAGGGAGAAUUUGUCUCUCGGUGAGCAAAGUGGAGAGCUGAGUGCCUGCAAGAGAACUGCAAUGGCUGCACAGAAGAACAAGGAACUUUUUUCUCACACUGACUGUGAUACUGCAAGUGCAAACAGUGGUAAAACAAAGGGGAGCCAAUUGUUUUCCAGUAAAGAUGUUUCUGUUGAGUUGAGCAGGGAUUGUAAUUUUGUGUCUGCCAAGACAUGUUUAGACACUCUGAUUCCAGCAGUAAAGGAUCGGUGUAGGACUUCAAAUCCUGUGGUACAUUUGCAACAUUCUGUCAUCUCACGUGACUCAGUGGAACAGAGCGACAAAAAACAGGAUGAAGAAUUUUUCUCCUUCCCUGAUUGUGAGAUUAUUUGUAAUGACAGUCAGUCUGGAGACAAAGUUCACAGGAACGAUCGUAGUCUUUUUUACCUUGGCAACAUCAAAAAGGCAAGUCAAAGUCAGAAAAGUGAUCACUGGUUCAGUGAAAGGUUAGGACAGACAAGUGCCUCUAUGGAUCCGGAGAAGUACAUUGCCACCACAGACCAGUCACUGCAAUAUGAGCCUGAAUGUCCAAGAGAGGGAAUUCUGGAGGCCACUGUUAAUGGUGUCUCUCGGACACACUUUUUAAAAGCAGACACCCAGCCAUUAGAUGAUCACAGCAGGGACCUGUUCUCUGUCACCUCUCAAAUGGAACAUCAUGACCCAGGUAGCCAAGAUAAUGCUUCAUUGAAGAAUUUUUCUGCCUCAUCCUGCAUUUCUUUACAGACUGAGUCAACUGAGGAGGUCUUAAAAGCUAAGAACAUAUCCAUGCAGCCAACCGUUUCACUCAAACGCCUUGAUUUGUCAGAAUACAUACAGGGUGACAGGGCCCCACAGCCUGAAAGGGAUGGGUCCAAACAAAGGAAACAUAGAAGGACCGGCGGAAACAAUAACUGUGCAGUACGUAGGAGACUGUCAACUGUGUUUGUUUCAAGUGCUGCAGGAACAUCGAGUUUUUCGUCAGAACUCGUGUCCCCAGUAGUUGAAAGGACUACAGGCAGAUUGAGAGUUCCAGAACCUCCCAAGGACAGACCAGGGACAGGAAGGAAAGCCUGCAUCAGCGGUUUUAGUGUGAGCAGGUGGACUCAGAAGAAUGAUCAGCAGAGGAAAACGGGAGGUCCUACCAGAUCUUUCAUAGCAAAGACUGGAGAUUCCUCUUUGUUUGAUUUCCAUAUUGGCCUUAACACCCAAAAAUAUCUUGAUUCUAUGAAGAACUGUUUACUGAGUACUGCCGAUGUACUGCCUGCAACCCCAACGCACAAAGAGCCGAUGAAUGUGUCCUCGUUUUUGACCAACUUCAGUCCUUCCUGCAUGACCACUCACACCUGGAGGAAGCUGAAAGCAGCUCUAUCUGUUCACAAGAAGAAAAAAGCUUUCAUGACUCCCCGUAAACUCCGGCUCUCCCACAACCUGUCAUCUGAGGUGGGGUUGGUGGACACGAAUAGAGAGCUCACAGCCAGUCCUCCAUGCACCCCAUUCUUGCAAUGCAUGAUGUCACGCCUGCCAAUGAGUACAGCGGGAACCCCUCUAGGGUUGUGCUCUUACGCAGAGGACAUCAGUGAUGCAGAAAAAGUGUACCAUGAAUGCCAACAAGAAGGGCCCAUUACCUUUGAGCAGUGCAUUCCACUGGACAAAAUGAAGUUCUGCAAAAAGAUUGGCGAGGGCACAUUUGGAGAAGUGUUUUCAACAGUCAAUGACUCCAUGGAAACUGUGGCAUUGAAGAUCAUACCCAUUGAGGGUGAUCAGAAAGUCAAUGGAGAAGACCAGAAGACCUUUGGGGAAAUUCUUCAUGAAAUAAUAAUUUCAAAAGAACUAAGCAGUCUGGGUGCAAGAGAGAAUAACAGAACACAAGGUUUCAUAGCGUUAAAUAACCUACACUGUGUACAGGGUUCUUACCCCAAUCUUCUGCUGGCUGCCUGGGAUAAAUUUGACAAGCAGAGAAUGUCAGAGAAUGAUCGCCCUGACUUUUUUCCAGAUGACCAGCUUUUCCUUAUCUUAGAAUUUGAGUUUGGUGGUUGUGACCUGGAGAACUUAAAUUGUAAGCUUUCAUCUCUGGCUCAAGCCAAAAGCAUCCUACACCAGGUCACUAUUGCGCUGGCUGUAGCUGAACAAGCACUGUGUUUUGAACACAGGGAUUUGCACUGGGGUAAUAUCCUUGUGAAAAACACCACGGAAAAGAAGGGAACUUAUAUUCUGAACAGGGUACCGCACAAUUUUGAAACCAAUGGUGUCCUUGUCAACAUCAUCGACUACUCUUUGUCCAGGCUAGAAAUAGACGGACUCACGGUCUCCUGUGACAUUUCUGCUGAUGAAGAGCUCUUCAUGGGGCAGGGGGACUAUCAGUUUGACAUUUAUCGCAAAAUGCGUGAGGAGAACAACAACAGUUGGAGUGAGUAUAACCCGCAUACAAAUGUCCUGUGGCUUCACUACCUGGCUGACAAGCUCCUUCACAUGAACUACAAGAGUAAGAGCCUUUCAAAACCAAUGAAGGUCCUGAAGAAGAACAUGACCAACUUUUAUCACGAGGUGCUUGGAUUCAAAUGUGCUGCAAGUGUUCUUGAGGGCAGUAGUUUAUUUAAGUGACAUUUUUCCUUUCAUCUGUGCGUGAAAACUCCAGAAUGGUCCAGUUCUGCUUUUACGUAUAA